CGUAUCUCGCCAGUGUUCACAGUCGUAUGUAUACUCGGGCGGUCGACGUUGCUGCGCGUUGUGUUUCACAAAACCGGCGCGUUUUACGUUUAUACCCACAUACACUACCCCCUCGCCACUUCGACGCCAUUGUUACCGAACCCGACGGCCAGUCAUUUGUUUAAACAAUUAUUUUCCCCAGUGUGUAACGUUAACAAAGACAACCAACGGACCUGUUCAGAACUGGCGUCACAAUCUUGUGACAAUAGCUGUGGAUACCGGAGUACUAUCGACCUUGGCGACGUCCCAGAAGCCAGGGGUAAGGUCCCAAGCUUUAGUCCAUCUCGUUUAUCAUCUGUAAUUGUGGAACUCAGGUGAAUCAGUCAUGACGAGGGAAUAACGUCGUCGAUCGAAAAUUUAGACGCUUUCUCGUUGUGAUAUUUUCUGUUUCUUUCCCCCCUCCGGGAGAAUAACAAUUGCCGGAUAAAGGCGACUCGACUCAAGUGUUUGUUUACUUACGAUAUUUUGAUCCCCAGGACCUGUGAUAAAAGUCGCUAAACUCACCAGUGCUGAUUUAAACGAGUCAACGGUAACUAACGAGAUUUAUAUAAUUGAUUAAUUCAGUCGCCAAAGUCCGUGGAAAAAGUAACGUUCUAGUGAGUGUGUUUACAAGUGCAGUGGUGUUAUGUGCAUUAUGUGAUUUCGUGCUUGGGUUCACUGGUUUUUUUUGUGCAACGCAGUUGAGGCCAUAUUUAUUUUGACACACGCCGGGGAAAUACUCGGAUACAGCGUGAAGGAUGCAGGAACUGGCGUGUCAGAGAGGGAGGAUCCUGGUGCUUCUGCUGCUGGCUCUUCUACCCCUCGCUAACGGUACGUUUUCUAGGGAUGAGCGCGAGGAUUUACCUGUUCGGGCCUGCGAAUUUCCGGCAGGCUGGGCGGGACAAUGGUUUCAGUCCGGAAAACCAUCACCAGUCACUGUUAAUGCUACCAACAUUGGUGAACGUACGUGUAUCGAGAAGAAGGGGGAUAUGUACGUCGUUUAUGAUAAUUCCAGCUCCGGAGAGAACUACAACUGCCUAAUAAUAAACGACCGUCACCCCAACGUCAUCCAGUUUCGCGAAGUCGGUUAUGGACACAGAUCGCCGAUGAAACUCGAGGAGAUGUGCCAAGCGACGACGACAGAUGACAGUCUCUUCACCAUGUUCCGGCUGAAUCCUACCCCGAUACCCUGUCCAUUCCAAGGGCCACCGUUCACCUUUACUUAUAAUCGAGGGUCUGGAGAAUGUGCACAGCCUGUCAGCCAUGUUGAGGGCUGCACUGAGGAGAGUAAAUUAUUACUGAAGUAUCAGGCGUGUCCUGAUGUCCCUGGAUCCGAGUCUAACACGGAAGAACUGCAGUGCCUGGCAACCUGGAAGGACGGGAGAAACAAAUAUUUGGUUGGCACACUCAAGCUAUUCGGAAGGAAUCCCGUAACUAACGAGGAAACCUUCAGAUGCUUCCUAUACGAAAAAAAUACUCGUCAUCACAGUGGAGAAGUCACUUACGUCCUGGCCCAGUCUGGUGACUCGACAUGUAUUGCCCUGAAUUCCGUUGCUGAGGGCUCACGUACCAUUAAACUGACAAAAGUCGAUCGUGAGCACAACAGAUGCAAGUAUCCCGCCUGGGUGACGAGACGCCAUCAAUGGCGUACUCUCGAUCACUCGAGAAAUUACCACUUCACAACUGGUAAUGCAACACUGCGUGUUAAAGAUGAUCAUUCACACGUGGAGAGAAUAGUCUGUCACAAUUUAGAGAAGAGCGAUGAUGACGGAGGAAAUAAAGUUAAACUUGUUGCGCAUAUUACCAAAGGAUGCGAUAUUGGCUACGUCUGCAUGAUCUUCCACAGAAGAGCCGGAAACGUUAUCGAGCUCCAGCAAUCAGAUCGAAAAACCAUCAUACCGGAGGAGGCAUGCCAGGAGGAUCUGUCGGAAAUGCCGUAUACAACGCUAAUAUCUUCGACAAUGGAGAAGAGAAAAUGCCCUCAGCCAGGCAGAUACACAGUCAUUGAUUACUCGACAUCUGGUGUUCUCUCCACCACUCCACGACGUCAACGACGAGGUGUCCAAGGUAUGCGACCAGCCCAGAAAUUGACUUGGCAAGAGGACAGUGAGGAUGAGGAGUGCAACGUAUCUGAGCUACAGAUUGGAUGUGGUUCAUCCGAUCAGAGUGAAAUGAUUAUUGCGAAUACGUGUGAACGUGACCAACUUGUGUACACGUGCCACGACAGCUGGCAGGACAAGAAAGGUACACAUUACAUGAUAGUGUCACAACCGGAGAAGGAGCCAGGCGUUGUUAAGACAUUCUGCUUCACGAUGAGAUGGGAAGAUCCACCGUCUAAAUCACCUGGUGGUAGGGGCUCUAGGCUGGAGCAUCAGGAGCAAGAAUUAUGGCUGUCAAGACCAGCGCGGGAGUUUCAAACAGGAGCCAACGAUCAAUGGACUUACAGGCUGGCCAGUCAAGGCAUCUGUGAAGAUGUAACAAGAGCCAGUGCCGCCUCCUCCUCGUCCUUAUCGAGAGUCUCCCUGGUUCUCGCUGCUGGUGCUGCUAUCCUCUGCAAAUUACUAUCGAGAUGAUGUGUGUAAACACCUGAUAACUAUAUUCGGGCCUAGUUACAAAAAGGAAACAAAAACCACGUACUCAGCUGAGAUGCAUUUAUCGAUGAUGAAUCAACGGAGCUGUACAGUUUGUGUAUGGUUGCUUUUGAAUACUAUCCCGAGAGUAAUGGACAAAAAUGAUGAGCUGAGUGUGAGAAUAAUGUGAAUGAAAUUGUAUACGUUGAGGUAGACUCAAGGCAAUGACACUUGCCCCUUUUCACAUUAGUCAUUUUCUAGUCUGUCUACAUCCUCGACAUUGAAGAAUGAGUAAUGUGGGAGGACAAUAGUCAGUGACAGUGAUCGAAACGCAUGCAUUCUUCGUGAACAAUUCUGCAAAGGGUAUUUUAAAAUUGUACAUAAUGUUUAUAUUAUUUCAAUAAAUUUUAUAAAUUAAUUCAUUCGAAUUGUUGGAAACAAUUCCCACCAGAGGUGAUUUUUUAAAAUUUUAUUUUCGCACUUUGAGGGACAUUCUCGUGAUAUUGUUUUUUAUUCAGGGGCAUGUGGGGUAAAAUGGACACGUCGAAUUCCUGUUGAAGUGUUAAUGAGAUAUUGAAUUGGCAGUGGAAUGGAAUAUUUUUUUUUCUGGAAAGAACAAUUCUUUCUCUGUUUGCGUCAUGAGCAUUAAAAAAAAAGUCAAUUGUGCUGAGUCUACCCCAUCCUCCCCUCUAUUGAUGGCAGAAUUAUUCACGAAGAAUUUUCAAUGUUUGUACGGAUAUCGUUGCCUGAAGAACAAUUCAAUAUCUCCAGAUACUGUUGGGUAACAUUGAAUCUGUCACAGCAAUUGCUGUUGUUUCUCGUCUCUGUAUUAAACUAGAUGGACGUCUCAAUUGGGAAACGAGGGAGAUACCAAUGCAAAUGGAUUUGCAAUUACCAAACGAAAACCCAGGCAGUUGUUCAUGACAGGAUUAAUGUCAAUACCUCUUGUCUAUUUAAAUUGUCCGGUUGACGAAAAACCCACACUGGGCCAAUUAAUUGCCUAAUAUUUCUAAAUCAAUGAAACAAGUGGAAUUCAUCGUCUUAUUGAGAUCAAAGCCUCCAGACCAGUUAUAAGAUGAUAUUAGAUAUGUGAAAAAAAAAUGAACGAUGAAAAUUGUAAAUACGAUCAGGGUAUGAGUGAUCGGCAUUCGAAUGUUGGAAGUGAUUCCAAGAUUUUGGAAAUUGAUAAAUAAAAUCGAAUGUCCGACGUUCGAUUGGUUUUGUGAUCCAACUGACUGAGCGUCGUUAACGAUCGAUGGAUACGACGAAGAAAGAAUUAUAAAUUAAAUUGAUGAAAAAGAGAGGAAAAUAAUUGAUAAGAGAUAAAGAAACAAUUUUUAUUCACUUAGCUAGUUGCACAUCUGUAUAUAAAUGAUUUAAAUAAUGUAUAAAGACUGUUUUUAAGGGAGUAUAUAUUGAAGAGAGGUUUACGGUUUAUUGAUAUUAUUAUAUGAAUAAAUAAAUAAAAAUGGAGGGAUUUUUUUUUGACGGAAAAUCCGAGGAACGAUUCUUAACUGGAUUUAAGAUUUUUUAAGGGCAGGCCAAUGAUGAAGAAAAUGAAAAAAAUUCUUAAAUAGUUUAAUAAUGGAAAAACGGAACACUUGGGAGAUGUUACUGUACUUAUGGUGGAGGAAAUUCUUGCUGACCACGUUCGUAUCACAGAGUAACAGUUUUUUUUUCAUGAUUUUAUUGCAGAUAGACCUAGUUAUUUAUUCAGCAUCAACGAAUUGUUUAUUCAACAAAUACCUAAUUAUUGUGGCCUAUCUCGGGGUUCAUAAUGCAGACGUAGAAGUUAAACUCUGUGGUAUUCGACACGCCUAAGCACAAACAUAGCCAAAAGGAAAUUUUGAAGAUGAGAGAGAAAUGUUUAAACUAUAAAUUCCUCUAUGAACUUUUUUUUACUGUACAUAACUAGGUAUUUUUUAUGAAUGGCUUGUCAUCCGGUAUUCGAGAAUGUGAGGCAUAUGUAAAUUGGUCAUUAUUUGUCAGAAUGAUUGAUUUUUUUUUGCUUGAGUUUGUAAUUUAAAUGGGAGGGGAAAAUUAAUGGAGAAAUAGUGGCAGCUGAGGAAUUUCUAUAUUUCCAUAUCACUGAGGGCUUCUCCAUAUUUUAUUGUAAAUAAUUGACGAAUACCGAGUGACAAGCCCCUACCUGACGUCAUUUUUUAAUACGAAAGAAAACUACAAAAUAAAGAAGUACUAAAUUCAAAAAGAUGGAUUAACACAAUUUCUAGGUAUUUAGUGGAGGCAUAAAAAUACAAUUUUUUGAAAUACUGAAAAUCUGUAAAUUAAAAGAAAAAAAAUUUAAAUACGAGAUUAACUAAUUCAAAGAAAUUUAAUGAGAAUCCAAUGUGUAAGUGUGUGUUAAGUGCCACGGAAAGACGCUAUUAAUUGAACAAAUACCCAUGUUUUUAAAUAAAUAAAAGGAAUACAUGAAUAAAGUGAUCAACCGAUUAUUAAACCGAUCAAGUGUACAAGAAGUAUAUAUAUAUAUAUUUUUCGUUUAUCACUGUGAUGAUUACCUAAUUAUUAUAAAUAUUAGUAGAUAAGGCAGUUUGAGUGUUGUUUUUUCUUGCCACUUGUAUAGUAAACGAAAAAAAAAAACAAAAAAAUACGGAAAAAAAGAAACGAAAAAUAUUGAAUUAACUAUUCUUAAGGGUUUUGGGGCUUAUGAAAAUACGAUGGAAAAUCGUGAUAAGGGGAUGAGGAAAAAACCAUGAGUAAAUAAAAAAUUUGUAAGUGGGCUUCUCGCUUGCCUACGUAAGAAAAAAAUUACUUUGGAUCUAAUUAUGUAACUAAAUGACUAUGUAUUAUAAUAAUUAUAUGCGUAAGAAGUGGAGGAAUGCUGAAGCUAACGUCUAGUACUUUGCAGAUGCAAAAGAAACAACAAAAAACGUCUGUGCGUCUGAUGAUUUGUUUUCAUUAUUUUUUCUUUCAUUCGUUUUGAUAUUCCUGAAAAUCAAUUUUUCGAUAAACGGUCGAUACUUUCUCCUGAAUUAUUCUGCUAUCGAUGGAAUUCGAAGGAUGAGUUUCUUCGAAGAAAAUUCUCAUCCUUGAAUUCCUCGGCCAGAGAGGAAAUUUAUUUUCACGAGAAAGGAAUUGUCAAGUGCUAUCUGUGAAAGAACGAAAAUGUAACAGAAGGGAAAUACCCACCUACUAAUCGAGUCCACACUUUUGACGAGCGGAUACGUUCUGGAUGACAGUUUAAAAAACAACGACCCAAUUCCGAGUGAAAGAGAGUCUAAAGCCCAUUUAGGGGAUUACGUUUGCGAGGUUUUUUUUAUUGGAAAUGUGGACAAACGUGAGGGACUGACUUGGGCAGCUUUUUGUAUUUCCGAUCUCAUAUCUGCCUUUUCCAGACGCUAGCCGUUCGACUAGAUUUAUUACACGGUACCACUGUAAAGUGCCAGUCAGCGCUGACUGUCACGAUAUGAGCUAGCAUCAUGUGUAAUGUUCAUUAUUAUAUUUUGAAUACGAAAUAUAUAUUGAAAAGACUA